UGCGCUUUGACGGAUCCUAGGAAUUGGAAGAACAUCUUGCACUAGAAGCGCUGAGUGUUUUCCAACUUGGAGAACUUGCACCACAUAUCUCGGUAUUCGGAAAUAUCACAGACGGUGGAGAAAACUAUGCUGUGCGUUCGAGAUUCGGGAAGCUGCUUGUGGGACCCAAUGCAAUACAUGAUGCGCUCCCUGCAGGACCUAAAGCAGCUGCACGAGCCCAGCGAGCCACCCCGCCGCUCGUAUGCUGUGACACGUGCCUGCCACAGGAGGGAGAAGCAGCGGGAGCUGGCCAGCCGUCCGCAGAGCUGCCAGUCCAGCGACGGCAGUGCCUACGACUCGGCCUGCUGCCUUGCCAGCCCGCUGGAGGAGGAGGAGGACGAGGAGGAUGGUCUCGGUCGCCUGCCCCGGGGCUCGCCUUGCAGUGAGAAGAGCCUGGACUUUGACUCUGGCUACUCAGAGGCGUCGUGGCAGGACGAAGGCGUGGUGCUGCGGCGCACACGGAACGUGCGCGUCUCGUCAUCCGCCUGUGCCCGUACGCACCGCGUCCGGCCCAAGUCCACGUCAGAUGCAUGUCUGGAGCGCUGGACCUCGUUUGAGGCCAGUGAGCCAGGGGACUGGACCACGGCUCUCUUGACCAGGGGGCGCAACCGGCAGCCGCUGGUGCUGGGUGACAACAGCUUUGCAGACCUCAUCAAAAACUGGAUGGACCUUCCUGAGUGCCUCGAGUCGAGCGAAAUGAAGCCUAAUCCGAGCCGCAAACUGGCCAAGGACUUUCUGGUUAACAUGAGGCGGAAACUGACCAGCAUGUCAAAGGGCGUGGAAGGGCGUGGGAGGUCUGAGGAACCUUGCACGAAACGGAUGUCAUGUCCUGUGGGGUGUCAGACACCAAAGCCCUUCUUCCACCAGUCACACACAGGUCUGCACCAGCUAGAAACAGACUUCUACCAGUUCAGUGCCCUCAUGAAGACAGGAAGUCGGCAGCCUAUCAUAUGCAGUGACAUCAUUGGUUACAUUUGAACGACUGCCAUUGGUGGACUGGAUUAAUACUUUUGAUAUAAUAUGGAUAAAUGUGGUGUAUAGUGAAAUAAACACUUUUUGGAAAAGUU